CGUCGCAUUACGACUCAUACCACAGAAGAAGUCCAGUGUCCUUCACAACAGCUAACAUGGCGACUGCUACCAAAAUCAUCCAGAGGCUCCGUAAUUUUCUGUCAGGGCAUGACUUGCAAAGCAAACUGCAGCUGAGAUAUGAGGAAAUUGCAAAGAGGACGCAGCCACCGCCCAAGCUGCCAGUGGGCCCGAGCCACAAGUUUGCCGGGAAUUACUACUGCAACCGAGAUGGACGCAGGGAGUCCGUACCCGCCACAGUCAUCAUGUCUUCUCAGAAGGCUCUGACCGCUGGCAGUCAAGUUGCUGAAGUCCCAAAGCUUCCAGUGACGCCGGGUCCCGUAUAUAAGGAGCCCCAACUCUCCACAGACCAGCCAUACCUCUGAGCAGCAGGAUUAAAGCCCCCAGCAUCCACAACCUAAUUUCUUCAUCUGAACCUGAUGCAAGUGUCUGUUGUACAAUGUGAAUAAAAUGUGUUCUAUUUAAGA